GCAGGACCUCAGCUCCGGACAGAAAUUGUGGUAACACCAGCUGGAUACAUGUGAGUCACAGCAAUGCGACGACUGUACGUCGGUGGGUUAAGCCACACGGUCACUGAGAAGGAUCUGAAGGAUCGAUUUGGAAAGUUUGGAGCCGUUGAGGAUGUGGAGCUCCGGACCAGGAAAGACCCAGAGGGUGUUCCCUUUAAAACCUUUGGCUAUGUCAACAUCAAUAUUUCAGAUCCCGACCUGAAGAAAUGCCUGACAGUGCUAAACAAGUCUAAAUGGAAAGGGGGAACUCUGCAGAUUGAAAUAGCAAAAGAGAGUUUCCUGCACAGGCUGGCUCAGGAGCGGCAGGAGUCAGCAGAGCAGCGUCUCCAACAGCCUGCAGCUGAGGACAAGAGACAGAAGCUUCUGGACUCACUGAGUAAAGCUGGUGUGGACAACUUCACCAUGAAGGCUGCGGUUCCGGGGACCGAAAUCCCAGGACACAAGGACUGGGUGGUCAGUAAAUUUGGACGGGUCCUCCCCAUCUUGCAGCUCAGAAGUCAGAAAGGCAGCAAAUCUCGAAACCUGAAGUACGACCCAUCGAAAUACAGCCACAAUAUUCGCAAACUGGACCGAAACACCAUCCCUGAUGAGGCCACACCUGUGACCCAGCUCACCUGGGAGGUCCAGGGUGGGGAUGAUGAAAUCAGUAAGAAGAGGCGGGGAGAGUUCCCCCCAUGUGAGCCAUGGAGACCCAAGAAGAGUCGGACAGACAAUGUUUCUGGCAGAACCAGAUUUGAACACCCUGUCAACUCUGUCAAUCGCACUGAGGCUCAUCAGCUCACCAACGGAUUUGAAAAACAAAACAACCACAGACUGGCACAGAAGAAGUGGACACGCUUUACUGACAGCGAUGCCGACUCAGAAGAGGGAAUCCGCAGGCUGGUGGCAGCUCAGCAGACCUACCAUGUUACACCACAGCAGCAGGAGGUGGAGGAGGAUAAUCUGGAAGUGGUUGGAUAUGACUUCUUAGCAAAAUCUGCAUGCAAAGGUGAUCAAGACAAGGAUGACUACGACUCUGCUGACACAGAUGAACUCUUUGCAUCGAGGAAACCUCCUCCUGCUAAAUGUCAGGAGAAACAUACUCCCCCAACAGCAGAGCACCUCUCAGGAAACAACACAGACAAGAAGAGAAAAACAAAGAAGAAGAGAAAAGCUGGAGAGCAAGAGGAAGAGGACGGAUCAACAGAUGAUGAAGAACACCUUACUUCUAGAAAACCGUCCUGCAUGCAGCAAAAGAGGGAUUCUAGUGAACAGAAGCUAAAUAAGAAAACUCGUGACCUCCCUGUCGCAAGGCCGUCCUCAUCAGAAUCAGAUAGGGAUGAGGAAGAUGAGGGUGAUGAAGUAGACUCGGUAGAUUCAUGUUCAGACUCUGAUUAUGAAGCCAUGUUUUCUAAUAUCACCCAUCUGGAGAUCUCCCUGGCUGACCUGCAGAGGCUAGCUGAGGCGGCCCAGCAGAACUCAAAGACUGUAGCUCCCAGCUUCCUCGGAGCUGGACUAGAACAAGAAACGCUUUUCCCGUCUUUUCCUGCAGAGCAACCUGCUCCAAAGAAAGGCUCCACGCCUGAAGAGAUCCUCGCCAUGAUAAUGGAGGACGACAGCAGCGAGGAUGAACAGAAGAAGAAAAAGAGGAAAAGACAAGCUGUCACGUCAGCACCACUGCCUGCCUUCCAGGGCACAAAAGCAUUGAAUGAGGUAUCGGAAGACGAGGAGGAGGACGAUGGAAGAGGAAGAGAGGUUAAAAAACAGAAGAUGAACUCUGAUUCUGCACAACUGGUUCACAAAGAAACAGACAGCAAAACCAUCACAAGCGUAAGAGACCAGAAUCAUGCAGAAACUAAGAUUUCGGACAGCAGUGAGCAAGAAGAGGAUGACGAUGAAGAAGAAGAAGAUGAGAAUGAUGAUGAUGAUGAUGAGAGUGAUGAUGGUGAUGAUGAUGAAGAAGAUGAGAGCAAGGCUUCACCUUCAUCCUGCAGCUCAUCUGGAAAGGAUAAGAAUGAGCCGCAGGUCAUUUCUGCUAAAGGGGGUGUGAAAGCAGCUUUGAACAGGGAAACCUCCACCAGUGAGGAAGAGGAGGAGGAAGAGCUGGCACUCCCCCGGAUGGCAUUAGGAGUUGAGGAGGAAGAGGAGCGGCAGAGAAAGGCCAACAUGAGGAGGCUGGCUGCUGUACAGCAACGACAGAAAGAGACCGAAGAACAUAAAAAACUCAUCCAGGGAGCACUAGCCAACCUGGAUGCUCCCGUGGCAGGAGCAGGGAAACACAUCGUAUUUGGCUCUGACGAUGAAGAAGAUGAUGGUAAUGACGAUGGAGAUCAGCAGAGGAUGGACUCAGAGGUCUUAGCAUCAAAGAAGACACUCUCCCAGGACGGCCAAUCAGAGGAUGAGGCCACUGGUGAUGAAGCCACAGCAAAUAAAAGUGUCAAAGUAAAAGCGGAGAUGCGUCUGAAGUCAUCGGGCCCUCAGCUGUUUGGCGGCAGUGACGAUGAAGAUGAGGAGGAUGGCAGCAGGUUUGACAUCAAGCCUCAGUUUGAGGGUCAAGCAGGACAGAAGCUGAUGGCGCUGCAGUCUCGCUUCGGGACAGAUGAGCGUUUCCAGAUGGACUCUCGCUUUCUGGAGGAGGAUGAAGAGGUUAAAGAGGAGGACGCAGAGACAAAGAAAACCCUGGUGGAAGAUGAUGAGGAUUUGGAGGAAGAGAAGAAGAAGACCCUGUCUAUUCUGCAGAGUGUGCUUGGCCAACAACACUGCAGCAGCAAGACUGCUGGCAAAGCCAAGAAGUUCAAAGAUGUGUCAGCGCUUCAUUACGACCCCAGCAAGGAAGAACAUGCUGCAUUUGAGACCAAGAAAGAGGAAGUCAAGAAGGAGAGCAAAGCUGCCAGGAAGAAGAAACGUGAGGAAGCUCAAAAGCUUCCUGAGGUUUCUAAAGAGAUUUAUUACGACGUGUCAGGCGACCUGAAGACCGUGUUCGGUCAGAGCAAGGAUGAGACGGAUCAACAAGAAGAGAAGAUGAACUGGGACCAGAAGGAGGAAGAAGAAGAGCGUAAAGAGAAGGAGGAAGAGUCAGCCCCGCUGCUCUCUGUUCCCAGUGUGGAAAAAGAGGAUUUGUGUGGAUUUAAAUUUUCCUUCUUUGGAGAUGACACAGAGACAGGAAGUAAAGAGACAGCCGACUACAAGGUAGAGGCCAUUCAAGCUCCAAAGGUGUCAUGGCAUCAAGACCCACGUUUCCAUGACAGCAGCUCAGAGGAGGAAGAGGAUGAGCAGGAGGAAGAUGAGGAGCAAGGCAACACCACAGCUAAAACUACAGAAGUGGUGAUGCCGUCACACACUGAGUUCUUCUUCUUUUACCCUGAUGAUGACAGACUGACAGAUGGUCCCAAGUCGUUCUGGCGUGUGUCUGAGUUGGAGGAGCAGAGGGAGCAGUGGGAGGAGAGGAGGAGUGCACUCAGACAGGAGUACCGCAAGAAGCACAAGGAUGCUCGGAGGAAGCUGACGUCCUCCCUGAAGAGCUGAGGAUUGUGGGCAAUGAAGUCUUUGUGUUUCAGCACUCACUGCCCUGAAUUCGUGCCUGACAGAAUUCAUGCCUGACCGAUCAUUUCUCCUUUCUUGGUGCCAAUUUUUUGGCUCGGACUGAUUGUAGCAGUCAGCAGGAUGGAGAGCAGAUGGCUGCCAAAGACAGUGAACUCAUCUGAAUGUUUAAGAUCGUCCAGAGUUUCAGAUUAAAUGUUUAUUUUAGUGGGUAUUAAUAUUUUUGAUGAGAUAUUUUGU